CAGCGGCGCUGGGCUGUGGCGGGGCUGCGCAGCGGGAGGGUUCCGUGGCAGGGCGGCCGGGAAGUGUCCCGGGAGGGUUCGCCGCAAAGAGGCGAUCGGGGCGGGCCCGAGAGCGGCGGCCUGAGAGACGGCGGUGCAGUGUCCCCUCAGCCCGGGCGGGCCCUGCGGAAGGGCCGCGGUGGCUGUCCGUGCAGCUGAGGCAGGGCCCUCCCGAGCGUUUACCUGAAGCCCGCCGUGAGAGUCCGGGGUGAGGUACCCGCCGGUUCCCGGGCUGCGCCUCCGGUGGAGCGGCGGCAGGGUGUACGCGACGGUGACAGAAGAAGGGUUGUCAGUAAUGUCUGGAGUUGCUGUGGCUUUUUUUGUUUUUUUGUGAGCAGCUAGUGGUGGCUUAUGGGUUAGGAGAAAAUUGUAAUUGCUAGGGAAAGUCAUGCUGUAGUGCUGAACGUCCCUUUGGUGGCAAAUGCUCCAGAGUCUCGUUGCUCCCUCGGCUAGUUUAAACGAUUGAGACCUGAAGCCUUACUUUCCUAGGUUUGCUUUUCCACAGGGGGCUCCUGAAAAUCUCGUAACAACGAGGUUAAGGUGCUUUUUCAGCCUCACCUUUCCAGAUGUCAAGGUUUGUCUAACUCUUCGGUUUCUUAUAGUUGAAGUAUGUUGGUUUUCUUUCUACAGGUGGUGUUGACAUUGCUUGGUCUUUUUAAUGGUUUUAAAGAGAAACUAAUAAAAGUGGGAGAAUCCUGAAGCUAAAAUAGAGAGUCACAUUCAAAGAUGUGAUCUCUAACUAAAGUGGCAUGCCAUAUGCUGCCAGAUGCUGCCACCUGCCUGUAAGGGAACAGUUAUUUUGCCCUUACAGGUACCUUUGUGUCUGUACGUGUACAUAAACACGUGUGUAUGUAUGCAUGCAUUUAUACAUAUGCAUAUUUAUAUGUUCAUAUAUAUAUAAACAUUCGUAUAUACAUAUUUAUAUCUAACCCCAAAUGUGUGUGUGUAUAUAUAUCAAAACACACCUGUUUGUGGUUGCAUCUCUGCUCUGAAAUUAUUGUUCAGAAUAAAGCACUUAAAUAAUAGCCUGCUGUUUUAGGUAAGUUAACUCACUAGAAAUAGUAUUACUGGGUUUGUUCAGCAUAAACAGCUUUUAAGAGUUGUAGGCUGUGUACUUCCUUAUUUUCAGCAGCCUUGAUUGAUCUGCAGCAUAGGGAGGAGCUGGUUGGAAUGUACCUUUUAGGGCCUUUCCUGGACAUCAGUAGUUUUAUUCUGAAGAAUAUAUACAAUUGUGUGCUCAGUUGUGCUCUAACGGGUGCUCUUAAUGUGCUGUUUUUAAAAGGGGUAUAGGAAACUCUCAAGUGUAAUUUGUUGGGAUGUGUUUCAGCAAGCUCCGAAUUAGAAUAAUUUCGAGAAAUCUUUUUGAUACUGCUUCAUGAUUACUUUUUUGGAGCCUAUGAUGACAUGCAAUCGUACUUUUUUUUGAGUUGUAAGUGGGAAGUGAGUAUGUAUUAGUAUAGUAGCUGAAAGUAUUUUUAUGGAAGUGUGAGGUUAUUUUUUCUAUGUUCUUGGUAUAGCUGAUGCACUGCUCUUGAGUCUGAUUGAUUUCUAAUUGAUUUCUGCUAGAGCAAUGGAUAAUUGAAGACAUUUUUCAUAAUAAUGAAUUAAAGCAAAUAAAUAGUGAACAGUAUUUUGGACUGUUUGCUUCUGUAGGACUUUCCUAAUGUUUACGUUUUACUGUAAAAUAUUCUGAACAGGCACCCCUUGAUUUUGUGCUCAGUUACUCUAUUUUUGUUAUUCUCACUUGCUUCUUUUUAGGUGACUUUGUAAGUUUGUUAGUACAAGACUUUCAUUUUUUCUGUACCACAUUCAGAACAAUGGGGCCUCAUCCUGGUUCCAUCCACUGCGCCCUGAAGCACACAAAUGUUAAAGAAUAGCAAAGAUAAAAAUUACUUUGCUUCCUGGCAGUACAAGGGAAGUACUGUGCUCACACCUAACUGAAAUUUUCUCCAGCUCUCAGUUGAUGUUCUCUGUCAUAAUGUUUGUAGUCUUUGUAGUUUUCUGCAGUAUUCUGAUCAGCUCUGUUUCCCCCUGCACCUAAUCAGUAGUUCACAUUCCCAAUCUCUGUAUGUGUCUUUCUCCUGCUGCUCUGUAUGUGUCUUUCUCCUGCUGCUCUCUGUCUAUUUCUGGAUCAUUGCUUCUCCCUGUGCAUAAGAAUUAAUAUUGCUUGUUUUCUUUUUCACUCAUUACCACCAAGAAAAAAGAGAAGGCGUAGGGGAUUAGGAGGGACCAGAAACAGUGUCUUUUCAAGUUCUAGUAAAGGAACUGUGGCUUCGUUACUGACCUGUAGACUAGCCCUCUGACUUCCAGUGUGGCACUCCUACUCCCAACCCUUAUGCUGAGUGCUCUAAAGCCUGCCUUUUUAUAUGGGUUGCUAUAUAAGCAGAGGCACAGCAUUGCUGAGAGAAGAUCUAAAUAUUCUUUUUAGUAUUUGGAGAUUGCCUUUUCCUCCCUCUGACGGGGGUCUCACACUUAGUUACCUAACCAGAUCUCUCCAGGAAGAAGUACAGCCGGUUGCGAUACAGAUAGUAACUUGUUCUCACAAGAACAGGGAAGAUAAUAGAAAGGAAGAUGCUGUGGCUCUUUCCCAGCAAAUCAGUAGCUGCCGCAUCCCCAGACUAUACCUCAGGUUAGCUUUUAUUCAUUGCUCUUGCUUGCUUCCCAUAGCCAUUAGUUCAAAAUAGCUCUUAGUCUUUCACAGCAAAAAUGAAGUGUAAUUGUCAGUAAUUUGUGUUUCAUUCCUAGCAUAUGUCUGUGGCCUGUGCCUAGCUGGAUAUUUAGCAAUCUGUUUAAUUCCUGAGCUCAGGUUUAUAGGUACGGUGUGACAUGUUUCUGCUAAUUCCACACUUUCACAGUUUGUUGAUGUGGAUGGCUUGGAAAUGGGUCUAACUUUCAGUUAGAGAAAGGAUGGUUUGAAAGCAAAUACCGGGAUGCAUCGUAACUUUCAUCCUAGAUCGGAAGGAAAACUUACCAGGCUUUUUUCAUUUAGAUCAUAUUUAAUAAAAAUAUAUUGCUUUAAUAAUCUAGUAAUUGGUAUACUACUAAUAAUUGAUGUACUAAGGUAAUGGCCUUCUACAAUGGCAUAACUGCAUCAGUGGACAAGGGAAAAACUACUGAUGUCUACCUGGAUUUUUGUAAGGCCUUUAAUACGGCACCAUACAACAUCCUUGUCUCUAAAUUAGAGAUGGGUUUGAUGGAUGCACUGUUAGAAGAAUAAGGAGUUGACUGGCUGGCCAUGUCCAAAGGGUUGCAGUCAGUGGCUUAAUGUCCAAAUAGAAACCAGUAACAAGGAGUGUCCCUCAAGGGUCCGUACAUUGACCAGUACUGUUUAAUAUCUUCAUCAGUGCCAGUGGCAUUGAGAGCACCCUCAGAAAGUUUGCAGAUGACAGGGAAUAUGGGUAGAUGAAAAUUUAGGUAUGACCCGACAAUGUGCGCUUGCAGCCCAGAAAUCCAGUCAUAUUCUGGGCUGCAUCCAAAGAAGCGUGGCCAGCAGGUUGAGGAAGGUGAUUCUGCCCCUCUGCUCAGCUCUCGUCUGACCACGCGUGGAGCACUGCAUCCAGGUGUGGGACCCCCAGUACAAAAAGUCGUGGAUCUGUUUUAGUGGGUCCAGAGGAGACCACAGCAGUGAUCAGAGGGAUGGACCACUUCUGUGAAGAAAGGAUGAGAGCAUUGGGUUUGUUCAGUCUGGAGAAGAGAAGCCUCUGGAGAAAGGCUGAUUGCAGCCUUUUAAUAUAUAAAGGCAGAUCAUAAGAAAGAUGGAGAGAGACUUUACCAGGGCCUGCAGUGACAGGGCAGGAGGCAAUGUUUUUUAACGGUAAGAUAGUGGACACUGGAACAGAGAAGCUGUGGAUGCCCCAUACCUCAAAGUGUUGGAUGGGGCUUUCAGCAGCCUGCUCUAGUGGCAAAUGUCUCUGCCAAUGAUAGGGAGGUUGAACUGGGUGAUCUCUAAAGCUCCUGUGAACUCAAACCAUUUUAGGAUUCUAAGAUUCCUGGUGCAACCCUAAUUAAUGCUUUGACUGUCUUCUACAGUGCCCAUUUAUUCCACUGUUUUCAAGUACAGAUGCAAAUAUUAACAAAUUUAAACAGUGAACUUCUUAGCAUAAAUUAAAUAAUCAGAAUGUUUUGCCAUUGCUCUAAGACCAAGUAGCCACUAUGUAAUCUUGCAUGUUGUACCACAAAAUUGCAACUUUGUAUGAAAAUUUUAGAUAUGUUGAUUCUAACCAAGUUGUGAACCACUCAUCUCAUUGCUGCGAUGAAUCUCUGAUUUAAGUUGAAGGUAAAACAAUGCUUAUAUGAAAAGUCUGCCUGUGCAAAUGAACUUGUGGGUUUUUUUCCUGGAGAAUGUCUUUUUAAGGUAGCAUGUUUCACUUCUGAAAUUAACUGUUGAAUUUUUUUCCAGGUGUUUUUGUUGAAAGUAGAUAAAAUGGUGACAUUAAUACACACUUUAGCAGAUCAUAGUGAUGAUAUCAACUACUGUGCCUUCUCAUCAUCGUGCUUGGCUACUUGUUCCUUGGACAAAACAAUUCGCGUAUAUUCUUUAAACAACUUCACUGAGCUUCCGUACUCGCCUUUAAAAGGUCAUACAUAUGCUGUCCACUGCUGCUGCUUCUCUCCAUCAGGACACAUUUUAGCUUCGUGUUCAACAGAUGGCACUACCAUGGUUUGGGACACUCAGGAUGGUCGGACGCUGGCAGUGCUGGAGCAGCCCAGUGGCAGUCCUGUUAGAGUCUGCCGAUUUUCUCCCGAGUCCACGUAUCUAGUGUCAGGGGCAGCAGAUGGGAGUGUAGUUCUUUGGAAUGUGCAGUCAUUGAAACUCUACAGAUCUGGGAAUGUUAAAGAUGGUUCUUUGGUGGCCUGUGCGUUUUCUCCUAAUGGAAAUUUCUUUGUCACUGGAUCAUCGUGUGGUGAUUUAACCAUUUGGGAUGACAAAAUGAGAUGCCUGUAUAAUGAAAAAGCACAUGAUCUUGGCGUUACCUGCUGUGAUAUUUCUUCACAGCCAGUUUCUGAUGGUGAACAUGGAUUCACAUACUUCCAAAUGGCUUCUUGUGGUCAAGAUAAUCAGAUCAAGCUCUGGCUUAUUUUGUUUGCAGAUUUCUUAGGUGGUGAAUUAAAAUAUAAAUGCACAUUGAAUGGACAUUCUGCCCCAGUUCUGGCUUGUGCAUUUUCUUAUGAUGGGCAGAUGUUAGUUUCAGGGUCUGUGGACAAGUGUGUCAUAAUAUAUGAAACUAGUACUGGCAAUACCCUUCAUACUUUGUCUCAGCAUACCAGAUAUGUUACAACUUGUGCUUUUGCACCUUAUAGUCCCUUACUUGCCACAGGUUCAAUGGACAAAACUGUGAACAUAUGGCAGUUUGACCUUCAGCAACCCUGUGCAGGAAGUACGGUAGAAAGUGCAUCUAAGGUGGCUGUUGAGGACUGGUCAGAGGAUGAUGUUUCAGCCUGGCUUUGUGCACAAGACUUAGCAGACUUUGUUGGGCUUUUCAAAAUGAACAACAUUGAUGGCAAGGAACUACUGAAUCUUACCAAAGAAAGUCUGACUGAUGAAUUAAAAAUUGAUUUCCUUAUCCUUCUGACAGUGCAUCCAUUAAAAUAUCUAAUUUAGAGAAAAGGCUGCUGUGUGUACCGUGCUAAAGGCAUUACAGGUAGAUGCUAUCAGUAGUUCUUCCCUUACCUGCCAACACAGUCAUAGAAGGCCACCAGAUUAGCCAGGUGUGAUUUGCACUUUGUGACACCACGCUGGCUGUCUCUUAACAACCUCCCUAUGCCUUGACAUAGCUUCCAGGAGGAUCUGUUCCAUGUUCUUGCCAGGCACAGAGGUGAGGCUGACUGGUCAGUGGUUCUCACCGUCCUUCUUCUUACCAUUUUUAAAAACAGGUCAUUCAAACUGUCACUGAAGUUGAGGACUGGAACCCCUCAACUGGCACAUGGUUUUAUUCUUGGUGUUGCAUGCUUCCGUUUUGUAAAUUAGCACUCCCUGUUACCACUUACAGUGAAGGUGAAUGCAUGUAGUAAUGGUGGCCUGAAUUCAAGAAGUAGGAGCGUGGUUCUGGAGCUUCAGUAACAGAGUCACAAGAACUUGUAAAACCUGGAUGCAAAGUCUCAGAACCUCUCUGUGAGUCUAAUUGUAUGUGUGUUGUGCAGACAUGGCUCAAAGGUAAAAGAUGACAUAUAUGCCAGUAAGCUUCUGCUUGAGCAAAUGGUGCUACUACUUCAUGUGUUUUCUUUCCAAUUAUGCAGUGUAAAGAGGGUAAGGAGCAAAGGCCGGAACUUCUUAAUGGGGUCUGCUGAUCCUGCUACAGUGUCAGUGGAUUUUGCUGUCCUGCCUAAGGGACACUGGACUCCAGGCUGCGUGAUGCCCAGGGGCAGUGCUAAACCACUAAGCUGUUACACAGAGGGUUGGAAGUGGAGUAGAUAUCACAUCCUUCUCUUCUUAUUUUGUGUAAUGCUACGCCAACAGCAGAAUCGUUAUGUUAAGUGUGCUUAGCCUUAUUGACCUUGACUUUUAGGGAGAUGAAGCAACAUGUGAAUGCCCCCUACUGAUCUGUGACAAAUUUAGCACUGUGUCCAUUAUGGUGACGUAAAUAUGACCCUGUGCCAUGCUGCAGGGCAAAGCUAGUCCGAGGGUGAUGAGUCCUCACGCUGGUGCUUUGGUGGUAGGUUGUCUUCUGUUUGGAGGGGAUUAUGGGUGACACUUGUGCACAUUUAUACCUUCAUACUGUUUUGUAUAUAGCCCAGUUUGAAGGGAGGAAUACUGCUGCCUUCCGCCCCGUCUCAGCUUUACCUACAGUUUAGCUCUGCAUAUACAGCGGUGUGUGUGAUUCUUUCAUGCAUCCACUAAAAUGCGCUUCUGCCUGGUAGCCACAUCUUUGCUGUCGUGUUUCACUUGCAUUCAUUUUGCUGUUUGUUUCCAUUACCGUACAGAGUUACCCUGAGCCAGCAGGAGUGACCUGCUGUAGCUGAGCUCAUUGUAGUGGUGGCCAGGGGUGCCUGCAGACUUUUCUGUGUUAGGUGGGGGUGGUGAGAUGGAGCGGGGUCUCCUGUAGCACAACUGCCAGUUAUUUCAAGAGCUCUUUGCCUUACGUGUCUGUGUUUCCACUUCAUGUACCAAUAACU